UGUCAUGUAUACGGUUUGCCUAUUUGAGGUUAAACAUAAUUCUGUGGUAUUAUAAUGAGAAAUAAUUGUUAUGAGUGUAAUAAUUAAGUGUAAACGGUGUAACCAAGUACUUUUUGACGAACAAUCUACAUCAUUAUAUCUCAACGCACAUUCGGACGUUGUAAUCACAGAGCACAAUAACGAAAAUUGUACUUCCUUAACAGAUUUGUUGUGUAUAUCUGAAGUUAACCUUCCUGAGUGGAUAUUACAAUCGGUCCAAGAAAGUAACUGGUGUAAAGGUAAAAUAAACUGUAGCAACUGUAUUGCAAGAAUCGGAUCUUUUGAUUUUAUAUCUGGAAACAAGUGUUCAUGUAAAAGUUUUGUUCUACCACCAGUACAUAUUGUCAGAAGUAAAAUUGAUAUAUUUAAAAUAUCACGAUGAGAUUUAGAUUUUGUGGGGAUGCAGAUUGCCCGGAUUGGGUUUUAGCCGAGAUAAAUAUGCUCUCAAAGUUAUCAUCUGUAAAAUUAAAAUCUUUAACACAAGUUGUUGCUCAAGGAAUUAUAAGCCCACCAAUUGAUAUAGAAAAAGCCGAACAGAUUUUUACUGAUUCAAAACUUGAUGAAGCAAUUGAUUUAAAAGCCUGUAUAGCUUGUUUGGGUUUUAUAUUGACAUCGACUAUCAAAUUUAACUGUGACCACAAUGCUUUACAUAGCGAAUUACAACAAUUGGGUUUACCACGUGAACACAGCACUUCCAUCAAAAGGGUGACGAGCGAGAAUUGUUUGGAUAUUGCUACAAAGUUAAAAGGAUCAUCUUUAAAAAUAAAUCCAUUGCAAAAUUUCAUGUUGCAUAUCAACGAAAAAUCUAAUUUGGUGCAUUUCAAUAUGAGUAUAAAUGAUAAAUCAACUACAGUUGUGAUGACGCCAUAUACUAGUGAUAUUUUAUUGGAAAAUUUAAAAGGAAUAAGAGAAAGUAUGAAAGAAAUGAUCGACGAUCCAUAUAAUAUAUAAUGUAUUUUUUUAUAUAAAUACAUAUACAUAUAACCUA